UUUUACAUUUUUCCUGACUUUCCGCUGAUUUCCUUUUUAUUGUUGUUACUAGUUACUAUUAUUAUUUAUUAUUAUUAUACUUAUGAUGGUGAUGAUGAUGAUGAUGAUGACACUGAUGAUUUUUAACCGGAUUAAAAUCGAGUUUUUCUGAAUGUUCAUAAGAAUUUCUCCGGCCUCCUGAUUGACUUUGGAGUUUUACAUCUUGGGAGAGAAAGUGAAGGCAUUAGCAUUUUUAAGUGGAUUGAUCACAUAAACCUUUUCUCUCCCAACCCCACCCUUGCCCUCAUCCCCUUCCCCACGCUCGAAAGAAUUUUACUGGCUGUUAAGUCUGUGACCUUAUUUUUCCUGAUCUUUAACUUAACUGUUUUAGAGCAUCUCUGGACGUCUGUAUUUUUAAUUUUUUAUUUUUGUUUUUUUAUUUUUAAUCUUUCAUUUGUUAAAUUUUUAAACUGUGCUGCAAUAAAAUGUGUGUGGUACUACUUAACACCUAUAAUGGUGAUGGCAUUUUCCCAGAAAGCCAUCUUCCUCCUGUUUCCCUUGAAAUCCCAUCCUGCUUUUCCUGUACACUACUACCCCUCACAAACCACAAGCUGCAGCAACAUGGAUGCCCAGCCUGGAACAGCAGCAGCCAGGAUGACCUGGAGCCAGGGGGGCCUUCGGAACAGAUGCACACCCUUCCUGGGUGAUGCUUUUUGGCUUUGUGAACAACCAUAUCAUCAAAGACCAUGGCAAGCAAUGUUACCAACAAGACAGAUCCUCGCUCCAUGAACUCCCGUGUAUUCAUCGGGAAUCUCAACACUCUUGUGGUCAAGAAAUCUGAUGUGGAGGCAAUCUUCUCAAAAUAUGGCAAAAUUGUGGGUUGCUCUGUUCAUAAGGGCUUUGCCUUCGUUCAGUAUGUUAAUGAGAGAAAUGCCCGGGCUGCUGUGGCAGGAGAGGAUGGAAGAAUGAUUGCUGGCCAGGUUUUAGAUAUUAAUCUGGCUGCAGAGCCAAAAGUGAACCGAGGAAAAGCAGGUGUGAAACGAUCUGCAGCGGAGAUGUACGGGUCAGUACCAGAACACCCUUCUCCGUCCCCUCUACUCAGCUCCUCUUUUGACUUGGACUAUGACUUUCAACGAGAUUAUUAUGACAGGAUGUAUAGUUACCCGGCACGCGUUCCUCCUCCUCCUCCUAUUGCUCGGGCUGUGGUUCCCUCAAAACGCCAGCGUGUAUCAGGAAACACCUCACGAAGAGGCAAAAGUGGCUUUAAUUCUAAGAGUGGACAGCGAGGAUCUUCGUCCAAGUCUGGAAAGUUGAAAGGCGAUGACCUUCAGACCAUUAAGAAGGAGUUGACCCAGAUAAAGCAAAAAGUGGAUUCUCUACUGGAAAGCCUGGAAAAAAUUGAGAAAGAACAGAGCAAACAAGGAGUAGAGAUGAAGAAUGAUAAGUCAGAAGAGGAGCAGAGCAGCAGCUCCCUGAAGAAAGAUGAGACUAAUGUGAAGAUGGAGUCUGAGGGGGGUGCAGAUGACUCUGCUGAGGAGGGGGACCUACUGGAUGAUGAUGAUAAUGAAGAUCGGGGGGAUGACCAGCUGGAGUUGAUCAAGGAUGAUGAAAAAGAGGCUGAGGAAGGAGAGGAUGACAGAGACAGCGCCAAUGGCGAGGAUGACUCUUAAGCACAUAGUGGGGUUUAGAAAUCUUGUCCCAUUAUUUCUUUACCUAGGCGCUUGUCUAAGAUCAAAAUUUUCACCAGAUCCUCUCCCCUAGUAUCUUCAGCACAUGCUCACUGUUCUCCCCAUCCUUGUCCUUCCCAUGUUCAUUAAUUCAUAUUGCCCUGCGCCUAGUCCCAUUUUCACUUCCUUUGACGCUCCUAGUAGUUAUGUUAAGUCUUACCCUGUAAUUUUUGCUUUUAAUUUUGAUACCUCUUUAUGACUUAACAAUAAAAAGGAUGUGUGGUUUUUA